AUGUUUAUCCCAUUUGAAUUCGUGUACUGUAUGUCUCGGACGAAUAUUAACAAUUCUGUUAACGAUGGUACAGCUACCCUUGGUGAUCUUUUGACAGCAAGACCUUCCGGUCUAGUCGAACCGGAGACAUGGGCCUUGCUAUACCAAGCAGUACAGGCACUGCAAGACCUAUUUUUAUCAGGUUAG